UCAGAGCAGAGACCAUUUGAAGUGGAGGCUAGCUGAUGGCACACCUCAGCCCCACCAUCCAACUGGACUCAUUGUGCUUUGAACUGGACUCGUUGUGCCUUGAAGGAGACUCAGGUCUUCUCUUUCUAGGAUCACAGCUGCAUGUGUAUAAACCCCAAAACAAAACACUACACACUCCUUCAAAGUCCAGGAGAUCUCUGAGCACAGAACCUACUUGGCAAACUACACUAGAAAUUCAGUUGGUGACCCAAGGUUCCUUCUUUCACAGCCCAGUCAUCCCAAGGACCCACCUACCCCCAAAGAUGGAUGCAUCUUUCUAGGAGUCAGCAUGGAGAACACAGGCCCCACAGCUGAACUGGCUUUCCUAUUUGCCUCAUCCUCCAAUCCCCUAGCAAGUUCCCUGAGAAAAAGCUCUAAUUGUAGCUAAGCUGUUCUACCCACUCCCACCCCAAGUAGGGCAGGACCAGAGCCUGGACAAAAGUAUGCCUCCAUUUUCCUGGGGCUGCUGCUCCCCCCACCCCCCUGCCCCUGCCCCCCGCGGAGACCAGUUGUGCCGGUGUCCUCAAGUCACAACAGGAAAAUCCGAGUGUUAGGGACACAGCAUGAGUUCUAGGGAUAAAAAUGACAAGAGUAAAUUCUAGAUCAAAAUUAGGUGAGUACAAGGACAAACACUAGCAGCAGGGAGACUUGUGCCCUGUCCUGAGGUUAUGCAAAGGACCCCUGAUCUGGGCUCUGUAUCUUGAGGUCUCAUGCCAGUGCUCAAGAGUGAGUUCAUGCACACCAGGGGAUGUGUCUGCUCAGAGCCUUCCCUUCUAGUCCAUGCUUUGGUGACUGACCCUGAACUCUACCCACGGGUUCUCAAGCCCAUGGCAGCCUCUUGCACCUAAGCUCCAAGGAGUGGCUGGAUGUUGGGUUGUAGAGGGCACUUCAGUCCAUGUGUCCACGUGCAUGAGCAGGAAACCCUUCAGUACCAGGCAGAUGGGGGACAGGGAGAGAAAACUGUUGGGGUGGCAUAGGCUUCCCUCCUGCGGCCUGUGUGUGUGUGGCGAGACUCUGAAGACGAGAAAUUCUAAAUUGAAACCUGAUGCUCCAGAUCUUUGGCUUUUUUUAAAAAAAGCUUUUUACAAAGGAAGGCAAUGAAAUUUUAUUUUACUACGUUCUUAAACCUAUUUCAAGCUUCAAAACUCAGACACCGUUUGUGCCUCCAUUCAUGCUUUUCCUUGGCUCUCAAAUGUUAGGGACAGGCCUGCCAACCUGUGUUUCAGGAGUUGCAUCCCAUCGGGGCCAGACUGUAGAGAGGCUGCUGGAAAGGCUGCAGGUUUGUGGCCUGCAGCCGGUCCCGCGGGAGAUGGCCCCAGGGGCGCCUGCACUGCUGCUAUUGUCGCUGCUGUCACUGCCGGGUCUCCCGCCUCGCGCUGCCGCCUGCCCCGCCGCCUGCCGCUGCUACAGCGCCACGGUGGAGUGCGGUGCUCUGCGACUGCGCGUGGUCCCUCCUGGAAUCCCACCCGGGACGCAGACGCUGUUCCUGCAGGACAAUAGCAUCGCGCGCUUGGAGCCGGGCAUCCUGGCGCCCCUUGCCUCCCUGCGCCAUCUCUACCUGCACAACAACAGCCUACACGCCCUGGAGUCGGGCGCCUUCCGCGCGCAGUCGCGCCUGCUGGAACUGGCGCUCACUGGCAACCGGCUGCGCGGCUUGCGCGUCGGCGCUUUCGCAGGCCUGGCCCAACUGCGCGUGCUCUACCUAGCUGGGAACCAGCUGGUACAGCUGCUGGAUUUCACUUUCCUACACUUGCAGCGACUGCAGGAGCUACACCUGCAGGACAACAGCAUUGAGCUGCUGGAGGACCAGGCUCUGGCUGGGCUCUCCUCAUUGGCACUGCUGGACCUCAGCAGGAACCAGCUGGGCACCAUCAGCCGGGAGACCCUGCAGCCACUGGCCAGCCUGCAGGUCCUGCGCCUCACAGGCUGUGUUCCAGAGCUAUCCCUGAGCUACAUGCCUGCUGCUGCUCCGCCUACAGAGAACCCAUGGCGCUGUGACUGUGCCCUGCACUGGCUGGGAGCCUGGAUCAAGGAGGGAGGCCAGCGCCUGCUCAGCUCCAGGGACAAGAAGAUCCUGUGUGCAGAGCCCCCGCGCCUGGCACUUCAGAGUCUUCUGGAAGUAUCUGGAAGUAGCCUCAUCUGCAUCCCACCGUCUGUGCACGUGGAGCCGCUGGAGGUGACAGCCAACCUGGGUGAGGACCUGCGGGUGGCCUGCCAGGCUUCAGGCUACCCGCAGCCCCUGGUGACCUGGAGAAAGGUGGCGCAGCCUCGCGAGGGUGCGCCGCGCGCCCAGGCCCAGCCGGAAGUUGGGUGGCGGGGCCCAGGAGGUCUCGGGGCCUCCGACACCGGCAGCGGCAUGCUCUUCCUCACCAACAUCACCCUGGCCCACGCCGGAAAGUACGAGUGUGAGGCCUCCAACGCCGGCGGCGCCGCCCGCGUUCCCUUCCAGCUCUUGGUCAACGUGUCCCGGCAGCAGCCGCUAGCGCCCGCGCCGCCCCCGGCCGGCGGCCCAGUCAGCCAUGAGCCCCUGCCCGAGACGGGCAGCAUGGCCUUCCGUGCCCUUGGCCUGGCCACACAGACGGCCAUCGCGGCUGCCAUCGCGCUCCUGGCGCUCACGGCUCUGUUACUGGCGACCAUGAUCUGCCGCCGGCGGCGCAGGCGUAAAAAGGCGCCGGGGCCUUCAGGGGAGGGAGCGCUCUUCGUCAACGACUACUCAGACGGGCCCUGCACCUUCGCGCAGCUCGAGGAGCUCCGCGACGAGCGGGGCCACGAGAUGUUCGUCAUCGACCGCUCCAAGCCGCUCUUCGCCGAGAGCGCGGCGGAAGCGGCCGAAGCGCCUGGAGUCGCCCAGGGACUCCCAAUGCAGCCCCCCUCCGCCUACGAGAUCCACUGCUGAGGGGCGGGGCGCGGGCUGAUGACGUGGGUACCGCGGAUUGGCCGGCCCGACUCACCCGCGAAUGCCCCAGCGUGGUCAGUAAAGGGUGGAAGCUGCGCAGUG